AUGAAACCCUCUAAAUCUAAACUCAAUGCUAAAGAAUUUACGCAACCUAAGUUUAUGCUACCAGUUUUCGACUAUGAACGACACCAACCCUCAUGGAGAAGUGAAAUCCCACAUUUUUCAGUUAACACCAAAAAACGUUUUGCGGUAGAGCCGCAGGUCGACUUUCUGGAGGAGAUCAGCAAAAAAGAAAGAAAAAAGAGGAAGCAGAAUAUGUUUGAAUCCCCUGGAGAAAAUGUUAAACGAAAGGCCGGUGAAAGCUUUCGUUUGGGACUUGUAGAUUUGAUAAUUCGUGGAGAAGAAUCAGCUGUUGAUACAUGUGGUGAGCCAAAAACGAACUUGAGUAAAAAAUCGAUGAUUUCCACUCCUGAUACCGGCCCAGCUAAUAGUAUCGCUGACAAAGAAAAGAGAAUUUUGAGGUAUUAUUACUACAUUUACAACGGAAUUAAUACUGAUGAUGUAGCUCCAAUGAAUGAGAAGUGGAUACAGCGUAUGGUGUCUUCAAUUAAAGCGGAUUUCAAUAAAUCUACUAACAUGGCCUUACUAGAAAAGCUGGAAGAUGAAAUACGUAAUGAUUACUUACUUAGUGUUAAGAAAGCAAUUGUAAACUUUGUUUUCAAUGAUUCGUCAGAUAAAAAGCAAGCUUCAUGUGAAUCGGACAUAGUUUCCGACAACAAUGCCGAGGAACACAGCGUAUCAGAAUAUCGUAAAGAAUUAGAUAUUGUACCGAAACCAUGGCAUUCAGCGUUCUUAUCGGCUUAUAAAUACUGUCAAAACAAUUUGUUUAUAACAAACAUCUGUAUUCAUCAAUUAUUGAAUUUAUGGUAUACUAAAUUUGCCGACUUAAGAUUAAUUGAUAUUCAAGAAGUAUACUCAAAAUCAUCAGCUUUAGAAUUAUCUACAUUUCAACAAAUUUGUGUGAAGCACAUUGAAAGUACAAAAGAGAAACUGACAAAAAAAUGGCUUAAUGAAAUACAAAGUAUUUUCUAUCAUGGAAAUAGACGUAAACUUGUUCCAACUAGUGAUGAACCAUUGAAACUUGAGGCAUUUUAUAGAUGCGCAGCCACACUGAUGACAGAGAAUUUACAAAACCUUGGGUUAAUUUCAAUGUCGGAUUACAAAAAUCUUAUUUGUCAAUCACCAAUUGAUCCGAAUGGUCAGCAACAUCCUGGAUUUAUUCUACGUCUUGUUUUAGAUGAGAAUAUGAUAAAAUUUGAGCCACCUAUAGAAGAAUUCGAAAGUACUUUAUUAAACAUGUUCGAUUAUAUGUAUAAUGUUAUUCAAAGUAUUCCUAAAAUUGAAACUCGUCUUUAUUCUGAUUGGCAAUCUGAGAAUUCCACAUUACAUCCAAUUAUUUUAAGUGAUCUUAUAGAAGAACGUAAAAAUGAAGUCAGAAAAAUGUUAUUAUUACAACUUAAAGGACCAGAGUUACAUAUACGAGAAUAUGAUAAAUAUCAGUUUUUAGUCAACAGACAAGCUGAACAAAACAUUGAAUUGUUAUUAAAUCCACCAGUACAAGAACUAACGGUUCAAGCCGUUGAAUCCACUGAUGAUGACGAUUUACAAGAAAAUCUUGAUGGUAAGAUGGAAUUAGAAGAAGAGGAAUCUGAAAAAGAUGUUAUUGAAAAUAAACCUAUUGGACCACCAUUUGAAGAAUUGACACGUGAACUAUUAAAAUAUGAUCGUUUAAUGAAAAAAAUUCAAUAUGAAUCUAGACGUAUAAUUCGUUUGGGAUUAUUUGAAGUACAUUGUGAUGAAUUAAUUCGUUCUUUAACUAAAAGAGCUGAAAAUAUAUCAGAUCGUGUUUUGGAACGCAUUUUGGAAGAUCAUAGAAUAAUGAAUAAAACGUUGAUUAAAGAAUAUGAACUUAUCAGCGCCAAAGCGUUAACUGUUCCAACUGAUAUUUCACAUAUGAUGCAAAUCAAUGAAUUUGUUAAUCAUGCAGAAAAAGUUAAAAUGAACACCUUAGAACGUGAACUAGAUAAUUCUAAAGAUCGCUUAUUAUUUCUUAUGGAUCAUGCACAAUUAAAUCCAUCAGAUAUGCGUAUUAAUAGUCAGGUAUUUGAAUGGCAUACACGUAUGAAUGAAGUAUUUGCUGAAAGUCGACGUAUUGCACAAACGAAACGUGAAGAAUUUGAAAUUAGUUUAAGAUAUAAACGUGAAAGAUUUAUUGAAGAAAUUGAAUCAUAUCGAAAACAAGUGGAUAAAUUCCAAGGGUAUGGAGAUCUCAAUGAAAUAAGUCGAUAUUUGAAGAAAGCACAAAGUUUAAAUACAAAGUUGGAAAUAGCUUUAACUAAAAUAGAUGGAUUCAAUGCAGAUGAAGAAGCAUUGAAAUGGGAUACAACAUCAUAUCCACUACGUAAUGAAGUGCAAAAUAUAUUGAAACCAUUUUUAACUCUAUAUGAAAUGACGGUAGAAUUCAAUAAGAAAUAUAGUGAAUGGAUGGAAGGAUCUAUGGAUAAGGUUGAACCAGAACAAGUAGAAAUGGACGUAUCAAACUAUUAUCGUAGUUUGUUUAAAUUGGAGAAAACAUUUGAUACUUUACCAGCACCACGAAAAAUUGCUACACAAGUUCGUGAAAAAGUAGAAGAAUUCAAACAACAUUUACCAUUAAUACGUACAUUAUUUAAUCCAGGUUUACGUGAAAGACAUUGUGAACAAAUUUCAGAAAUAGUUGGUUUUACAGUAAAUAAUAAAGAAGAAGGAAUGUGUUUAGCUAAAUUAAUUGAUAUGAAUCUUGACCCGUAUAUACCUAAAUUUGAAUUAAUCUCCGAGGCUGCUAGCAAAGAAAAUAAUCUUGAAAAAACACUGGAUAAAAUGCAUAAAGAAUGGGAACCAAUGGAGUUCAACUUGAUACCAUAUCGUGAUAGUGGUACAUUUAUACUUUCUUCAGUGGAUGAUAUACAAACAUUGUUGGAUGAUCAUAUUGUAAAAACGCAAACAAUGCGUGGAUCACCUUAUAUUAAACCAUUCGAAGCGGAAAUCAAAGAUUGGGAACAAAAUUUAAUUUUAACUCAAGAUAUAUUAGAUGAAUGGUUAAAAGUACAAUCUACCUAUUUAUAUUUAGAACCAAUAUUUAAUUCCCCUGAUAUUAUAACACAAAUGCCAAAUGAAAGUAGACAAUUUAUUAUAGUUGAUAAAAUAUGGAAAGAAUUAAUGAAUCUAAUUCAUCAUAAUCAAUCUAUAUUAAAUGUUAUAAAAAUUGAUAAAAUAUUAAAUAAAUUUAAUAAAUCUAAUUUAUUAUUAGAAAAUAUUUUAAAAGGUUUAAAUCAAUAUUUAGAAAAAAAACGUUUAUAUUUUUCAAGAUUUUUCUUUUUAUCAAAUGAUGAAUUAUUAGAAAUCUUAUCAGAAACUAAAGAUCCAACAAGAGUACAACCUCAUUUAAAAAAAUGUUUUGAAGGUAUUGCAUCAUUAGUAUUUAAUAAAACAUUAGAUAUAACACAUAUUAAAAGUAGUGAAAAUGAAUUAAUUGAAUUAUGUAAUAGUAUAUCAACAAUAAAAGCAAAUGGUUCAGUUGAAAAAUGGUUAUUACAAUUAGAAAUAAUGAUGAUACAAUCAAUACAAUUUAAUAUUAAUAAUGCAUUAAAUGAUUAUUUAAAUAAACCACGUAAAGAAUGGGUUAAAUUAUGGUGUGGUCAAGCUAUAUUAGCUGGUUCAAUGUAUUAUUGGACAAUAAAUGUUGAACAAGCUAUACAAAAUAAUUUGGAUGCUAUGAAGAAUUAUUUAAAAGUGAACAACCAGCAAAUAGAUGAAAUUGUUGCUAUGGUUAGAGGACAACUAUCUAAACAAAAUCGCAUAACAUUACAAGCAUUAAUUGUGUUAGAUGUUCAUGCACGUGAUGUUCUGGCUGAACUUAUAUCACUUAAAUGUCAAUCCAAUACAGACUUUUCAUGGCUUAGUCAACUACGUUAUUAUUGGAUUGAACAAAAGCUAGUGACGCGUAUGAUUAACUCACAUUUAAACUAUGGUUAUGAAUAUUUGGGUAAUACUGGGCGAUUAGUUAUCACACCAUUGACUGAUAGGUGUUAUCGAACAUUAUUUGGUGCAUUACAUUUACAUUUGGGUGGUGCUCCCGAGGGUCCAGCUGGUACAGGUAAAACAGAGACAACUAAAGAUCUUGCAAAAGCAGUAGCUAAACAAUGUGUUGUAUUCAAUUGUUCCGAUGGACUGGAUUAUAUUGCUUUGGGUAAAUUUUUCAAGGGACUUGCAUCAUGCGGUGCAUGGUCAUGUUUUGAUGAAUUUAAUCGUAUUGAUUUAGAAGUACUUUCUGUAGUAGCUCAACAAAUUUUAACUAUUCAACGUGCAAUUCUUGCCAAUCAAACAAGUUUAAUAUUUGAAGGAACUGAAAUUAAAUUAGAUCAAACAUGUGCUGUAUUCAUUACAAUGAAUCCAGGUUAUGCUGGACGUUCAGAACUUCCGGAUAAUUUAAAAGCUUUAUUUCGUUCAGUAGCUAUGAUGGUACCAGAUUAUGCAAUGAUUGCAGAGAUUUCAUUAUAUUCAUGUGGUUUUGUUAAUGCUCGUCCACUUGCUAUAAAAAUUGUUGCUACUUAUCGUUUAUGUUCAGAACAAUUAUCUAGUCAAUCUCAUUAUGAUUAUGGUAUGAGAGCUGUGAAAUCUGUCCUUACAGCCGCUGGUAAUCUUAAAUUAAAAUAUCCAAAUGAAGAUGAAGAUGUUUUAAUGUUACGUUCUAUUAUUGAUGUGAAUUUACCGAAAUUUCUUAAUGAUGAUUUACCAUUAUUUAGUGGAAUAGCAUCAGAUCUAUUUCCUGGUAUUGAACGUCCAACACCAGAUUAUGAAAUAUUAAAUAAUGCUAUAAAAAAUGUUUGUGAUCGUAUGAAUUUACAAUAUACUAAAUUUUUCAUAGAGAAAAUACAACAAGUUUAUGAAAUGAUGAUUGUACGACAUGGUUUUAUGAUUGUUGGUGAACCAUUCGGUGGUAAAACUAGUUCAUAUCGUGUAUUAGCAGAUGCUUUAGGUGAAAUAUGUGAAAAAGGUCUUAUGGAAGAAAAUAAAGUGCAAUACACUGUAAUCAAUCCAAAAGCUAUAACAAUGGGACAGUUAUAUGGUCAGUUCGAUCCUGUAUCACAUGAAUGGUCAGACGGUAUAUUAGCUGUUUCAUAUAGAACAUUUGCCACAUCAACAACACCAGAUCGUAAAUGGUUAAUAUUUGAUGGACCAGUUGAUGCUGUAUGGAUAGAGAAUAUGAAUACUGUGUUAGAUGAUAAUAAAAAGUUAUGUUUAAUGUCAGGUGAAAUUAUUCAGUUAGCUCCAACAACUAAUUUGAUAUUUGAACCAAUGGAUUUAGAAGCUGCUUCACCGGCAACUGUAUCUCGUUGUGGUAUGAUUUAUUUGGAACCGGCAAGUUUAGGUUGGCGACCAUUACUACGUAGUUGGAUGAAUAAAUUACCUAAUUUUAUUAAACAGUUACAUAAAGAUAUUUGGAUUGAUAUGUUUGAUAGAUUUGUCGAUGCUGGUAUUGCAUUAAUUCGAAAAGGUGGUGUUAAAGAAUUAUCACCAACUAGUGAUAUAAAUUUAGUGAAAUCAUUAAUGAAUUUAAUUGAUUGUCAAAUAGCAGAAUUUAAAGCUGAUAAUAAUUUUACACAAUUUAAUGAUCAUAAUUCAAGUGCGAUCGUUGAAUGUAUAUUCUUUUUUGCUUACGUUUGGUCAAUCGGUGCAACUACAGAUAAAGAUGGUAGACAGAAAUUUGAUAAAUUAAUACGUGAAUUAAUGAAUGGUGGUAUGAUGGAAGAGACAAGACAACGACUGGCACUAAUUGAAUUAGUUCCACCGCCAAUGGAAGAUUAUAAAUGUCCAUUUCCGAUUAAGAAAACAGUUUAUGAUUAUAAAUUAGUAAUGAAGGCCAGUAAUAAAGAAGGAAUGGAAGAUGAAAUCCCAAUUAACUGGGAGUUGUGGACAGAAACUGUACGUUUAGCACCACCAAUAUCCAAAGAUGCCACUUUCAAUGAAAUAAUCAUACCAACAGUAGAAACUGUUCGAUGUAAUCAUUUACUAAAUUUAUUUAUUCGAAAUGGUAAACCAUCAUUAUUUAUUGGUCCAACUGGUACUGGCAAGUCAUGUUAUAUAAUGGAUUUUCUUAUGAAUAAGGUGGAAAAAGACAUCUAUAAGCCGCACACUCUGAAUUUUUCAGCACAAACUAGUGCAAACCAAACACAGAAUAUUAUUUUGUCGAAACUAGAUCGUCGACGUAAAGGUGUAUUUGGGCCACCAAUGGGUAAAAAAAUUAUUGUAUUUGUUGAUGAUUUGAAUAUGCCAGUAAGAGAAACAUAUGGUGCACAGCCUCCAAUUGAAUUAUUACGUCAAUGGUUGGAUCAUUGGAAUUGGUAUGAUUUAAAAACGAAUGAAGCGAUCCGAUUGAUUGACCUACUAUUCAUUGGUUCUAUGGGCCCACCAGGAGGUGGACGAAAUGUUAUUACUCCAAGAUUUUUACGUCAUUUAAAUAUUGUAACUGUUAAUGAAUUCGAUGACCAUACAAUGAAAACAAUAUUUACAAGAAUUAUGGACUGGCAUAUCACUGUAAAAGGAUUUAGUCCAGAUUAUAAGAAAUUGUCAGAACAAAUAGUUGAUGCUACACUUGAAGUAUAUAAAGCUGCAUUACAAAACCUGCUACCAACACCCACCAAAUCUCACUAUCUAUUUAAUUUACGUGAUUUUAGUCGUGUUAUACAAGGUAUUUUACUAUCGGUUCCUGAAUCCACAGAAUCAUUAGACGCUAUGAAACGUUUAUGGGUUCAUGAAGUAUUUCGUGUUUAUUAUGAUCGUUUAGUUGAUGAUGCUGAUCGUGAAUGGUUAUUUAAUUUUAUACGACAAUCUGUUAAAACGCAUUUGGAAGUAGAAUUUAAUACAUUAUUUCAACAUUUAACGGGUGAAAAUGAAACUGAGGUUACAGAAGAUCAUCUUCGAUCACUUAUGUUCUGUGAUUUUGCUGAUCCUAAGGGAAAACGUAAUUAUGCUGAAGUCCGUGAUGUUGAACAGUUACGUAAAGUAACUGAAGCUUACUUAGAAGAAUAUAAUCAGUUGAGCAAGAAACCUAUGAAUUUAGUUCUAUUUCGUUUUGCUAUAGAACAUGUAUGUCGUAUUGCACGUAUAUUAAAACAACCAAGAUCCCAUGCAUUACUUGUUGGUAUUGGAGGAUCAGGACGUCAAUCACUUACACGAUUAGCUGCUCAUCUAUCAGAUUUCGACUUAUUCCAAGUCGAAAUUUCUAAGAGUUAUGGUAAUAAUGAAUGGAGAGAAGAUUUAAAGCAUAUAUUAAGAAAAUCAAGUGAAACUGAUAAUCAUGCUGUUUUCUUAUUUACCGAUACACAAAUUAAACAAGAAAGUUUUUUAGAAGAUAUUAAUAAUUUAUUAAAUGCUGGUGAAGUACCGAAUCUUUAUGCAAAUGAUGAAAAAAUGGAACUUUGUGAAAAAAUACGUCAAAUUGAUAAAGCAAGAGAUAGAAGUAAACAAACUGAUGGUUCACCAAUAUCAUUAUUUAAUUAUUUUAUACAACGUGUUCGUGAACAAUUACAUAUUGUAUUAGCAUUAAGUCCUAUUGGUGACUCAUUUAGAAAUCGUUUAAGAAAAUUUCCUUCAUUAGUUAAUUGUUGUACAAUUGAUUGGUUUCAGGCAUGGCCAGAAGAUGCUUUAACAGCUGUUGCUACACGUUCAUUAAAAGAUAUUGAUAUGACAGAUGAAAUUCGUAAUGGAUGUAUUGAUUUAUGUAAAUAUUUUCAUACUAGUACAUGUAAUCUAUCAAUUCGAUUUCUAUUAGAAUUAGAUCGACACAAUUAUGUAACACCUACAUCAUAUCUUGAAUUGAUCACAACUUUCAUAACAUUGUUAUCAAAAAAACGAAUGGAAGUAUCAACUCAGAAAAGUCGUUAUGAAGUUGGUCUGGAAAAAUUAAGUAGUGCAGCUAAUGAGAUUAGUUUAAUGUCAGUGGAAUUACAAUCACUUCAACCAAAACUUGUACAAGCCAGUAAAGAAGUUGAUGAAGUUAUGAUUGUUGUGGAACAACAAAGUGCUGAAGCAGCAAAACAAGAAAAAAUUGUACGUGUUGAUGAAGCGGUUGCUGGUGAACAAGCAAAAGCUGCUGAAACAAUAAAAGAAGAAUGUGAUAAUGAUUUAGCUGAAGCAAUACCGAUAUUAGAAUCAGCAUUAAAAGCUCUAGAAACACUGACACCGGCUGAUAUCACUAUUGUUAAAACAAUGAAAUCACCACCAGCUGGUGUACGUUUAGUUAUGGAAGCUGUUUGUGUUUUAAAAGGUAUUAAACCUGAUCGUAUAAAUGAUCCUAGUGGAUCAGGUAAAAAAAUUGAAGAUUAUUGGGGUCCAUCAAAAAAAUUACUUGGUGAUAUGAAAUUUUUAGAAAAUUUAAAAAAUUUUGAUAAAGAUAAUAUACCAUUAUCAAUAAUGAAAACAAUACGUGAACGUUAUAUACCAAAUCCUGAUUUUAAACCAGAACGUGUUGCAGUUGCUUCAACAGCAUGUGAAGGUUUAUGUAAAUGGGUUAUAGCUAUAGAACGUUAUGAUAUUGUAGCAAAAAUUGUAGCACCUAAAAAAGAAGCUUUAGCUAAAGCAAUGUCUGAAUAUAAUACAGCAAUGAAUGCAUUAAAUAUAAAACGUGCCGCACUUAAAGAAGUACAAGAUCGUUUAAAAUUAUUAACAGAUGAUUUAGAAAUGAAUAAACGUAAAAAAAUUGAAUUAGAAAAUAAAGUUGAUUUAUGUACCAAAAAAUUAGAACGUGCUGAACAAUUAAUUGGUGGUUUAGGCGGUGAAAAAUCACGUUGGACAGAAGCAGCUAAAUCACUUGGUAAACAAUAUACAAAUUUAACUGGUGAUAUACUUAUAUCUAGUGGAUUAGUUGCUUAUUUAGGUGCAUUUACAUCAACAUUUCGUCAAAUACAAGUAAAAAUUUGGUUAAAUGAAAUUAUGAAAUAUUCAAUACCAUGUUCAGAAUCAUUUAGUUUAGUACAUACAUUAGGUAAUCCAGUUGAUAUUAGAGCAUGGAAUAUUGCUGGUUUACCAACAGAUGAUUUUUCAAUUGAAAAUGGAAUAAUUAUUGCUAAUGCAAGACGUUGGCCAUUAAUGAUUGAUCCAACUAGUCAAGCUAAUAAAUGGAUAAAAAAUAUGGAGAAAAAGAAUAAUUUACAAAUUAUCAAAUUAACUGAUAGUGAUUUUGUUCGCACAUUAGAAAGUUGUAUACAAUUUGGUACACCAGUAUUAUUAGAAAAUAUUGGUGAAGAAUUAGAUCCAAUGUUAGAAUCAUUAUUAUUAAAACAAACAUUUAAACAAGGUGGUGCAUUAUGUAUUAAAAUUGGUGAUUCAGUUGUUGAAUAUUCACCGGAAUUUCGUUUUUAUAUGACAACUAAAUUAAGAAAUCCACAUUAUUUACCAGAAACUUCAGUAAAAGUAACUUUAGUAAAUUUUAUGAUUACUGAAGAAGGUUUACAAGAUCAAUUAUUGGGUAUUGUAGUUGCACGUGAAAGACCAGAAUUAGAAGAAGAAAAAAAUAAAUUAAUAUUACAAGGUGCUGCAAAUAAAAAAAAAUUAAAAGAAUUAGAAGAUCAAAUACUUGGUGUAUUAUCAUCAUCUGAAGGCAAUAUAUUAGAAGAUGAAAGUGCUAUUAAAGUAUUAAAUUCAUCUAAAGAAUUAUCUAAUGAAAUAGCCGAGAAACAAGCAUAUUUUGAAGAAACUGAACAAAAAAUUGAUGUAGCACGUUUAGGUUAUGUACCAAUUGCUAUACAUACAGCUAUUUUAUUCUUUUCAAUAUCAGAUUUAGCUAAUAUUGAUCCUAUGUAUCAAUAUUCAUUAACAUGGUUUAUUAAUCUAUUUAUAAUGGGUAUUGAUAAUUCUGAGAAAUCUGACGACCUGGAACAACGUUUAACUAAUCUACGAAAUUAUUUAACAUAUUCAUUAUAUUGUAAUGUAUGUCGAUCAUUAUUUGAAAAAGAUAAACUACUAUUUUCAUUCUUACUUUCAAUCAAUAUGCUUCGUCAUGAAGGAUUGUUAAAUGAACAAGAAUGGAGAUUUUUAUUAACCGGUGGUGUUGGUUUAGAUAAUCCACAUGUAAAUCCAUCCAAUUGGUUACAAACUAAAUCAUGGGAUGAAUUAUGUCGGUUAGAUGAAAUCAGUGUUUUUACUGGUAUACGUGAACACUUCGAACGUAAUCUUAAUGCAUGGAAACGUAUAUAUGAUAGUGUUGAACCACAUAAUGAAAAAUUACCAUCUGAUUUAACACAAAUUAAAACACAAUUGCAAUUUCUUUGUAUACUACGUGUUUUACGACCAGAUAAAAUUGUACCAGCUAUACAGAAUUUUGUUUUAACAAAUUUAGGCAAGAAAUAUAUUGAACCGCCACCAUUUGAUUUGCCAGGUGCAUUUUCUGAUUCUUCAUGUACACUACCGUUAUUAUUUGUUUUAUCACCUGGUGCUGAUCCUAUGGUAGCAUUAUUAAAAUUUGCUGAAGAUAUGGGAUUUGGUGGUACAAAAUUUGAAUCAUUAUCACUUGGUCAAGGUCAAGGUCCGAUUGCUUUAAAAAUGAUAGAACAUGGUAUAAAAGAUGGUACAUGGGUGUUACUACAAAAUUGUCAUUUAGCACCAAGUUGGAUGGGUAUUUUAGAGAAAAGAGUGGAAGAAUUUAAUCCUGACACAACACAUCCAGAUUUUCGUUUGUGGUUGACAAGUUAUCCAAGUAAAGAUUUUCCUGUAUCAAUUUUACAAAAUGGUGUUAAAAUGACUAAUGAACCACCGAAAGGUUUACGUUUUAAUCUAUGGAGAUCAUAUUUAAGCGAUCCUAUUUCAGAUCAAGAAUUCUUUCAAUCAUGUUCAAAUAAACAUGCUUGGAAAAAAUUAUUAUUUGGAUUAGUAUUCUUUCAUGCUAUUGUACAAGAAAGACGUAAAUUUGGACCACUUGGUUGGAAUACACCGUAUGAAUUUAAUGAAACAGAUUUACGUAUAUCAGUUCAACAGUUACAUAUGUUUCUUGGACAGUAUAGUGAUGUUCAAUAUGAAGCAUUACGUUAUUUAACCGGAGAAUGUAAUUAUGGUGGUCGGGUUACUGAUGAAUGGGAUAGGCGCACUUUAAAAACAGUUUUAAUGCGUUUCUAUUGUCCAGAAGUUGUUAAUGAAGUAAAACAUCUAUUCGAUUCAAGUGGAAUCUAUUAUGCACCUGAAGAUACUGAUUAUGAAGGUUAUAUUGAUUAUAUAAAAACACUUCCAUUGAAUCCUGAUCCAGAAAUUUUCGGUAUGCACCAAAAUGCUGAUAUUACUAAAGAUCAACAAGAAACCAAUUUAAUAUUUACAAAUAUACUUUUAACUCAAGCAAAAGGAACAUCAUCAUCUGGUAAAUCACUCGAUGAUAUAGUUGAUGGAGUUGCUUCUGAUGUUUUAACUCGUCUACCAUUAAAUUUUGAUACAGAAUUAGUAUUACGAAAGUAUCCAACAUGCUAUGAACAAAGUAUGAAUACAGUAUUAGUACAAGAAAUGGUUCGUUUCAAUGUACUCUUGAGUAUAAUACGUUCAAGUCUUAAAAAUAUUCGAUUAGCUAUUAAAGGUUUAGUAGUUAUGUCAUCUGAUUUAGAAGAUGUUGUGGCUGCAAUACUUGCUUCAAAAAUUCCAAAAUUAUGGAUGAAAAAAUCAUAUCCAUCAUUAAAACCACUUGGUUCAUAUGUAAAUGAUUUUUUGGCACGUUUAAAAUUUCUUCAGGUAUGGUAUGAACAAGGACCUCCACCGGAAUUCUGGAUAUCUGGUUUCUUUUUCACGCAAGCUUUUCUUACUGGUGUACAACAAAAUUAUGCACGAAAGCACACAAUACCUAUUGAUCUAUUAUCUUUUGAAUUCGAAGUAUUAGAUGACAUCAAAUAUACAGAGGCUCCAUCAGAAGGAGCUUAUGUGUCUGGUCUGUUUGUGGACGGUGCAAGAUGGGAUAGGAGUACAAAAAAAUUAGCAGAAGCUUUACCAAAGGUUUUGCAAGAUCCUAUGCCACCUAUUUGGUUAAUACCAAUAAAACGGAGUGAUAUUAAACCAAGGCCUAGUUAUACAGCACCAGUUUACAAAACAAGUGAACGUCGAGGUGUAUUAUCAACAACUGGGCACUCUACAAAUUUUGUACUACCGAUCUUGUUGACGUCAGAUAAACCGGAAAGUCAUUGGAUUAUGAGAGGUGUCGCUUUACUAUGUCAAUUGGAUGACUAA